UAUCUUCUCUGAAUCAGUUUUUACUGUUAUUUCUUUUUCUUUUUAUCUCAAGCUCCUUCUUCACUGUAGAAAAUUAUCAGUCAACUAUUAGAACCAACGACGAUUUUUUUUGCUUCUCAGUCGCUUCCCCAUUUUCUAAUUUUUCGUCAUUCACAAGCACACCCUUUGUUUCUCUUCAAAUUUCACGCUUUCUGUGGAUUUAAUUACGGUUAUAAUUUUUCUGGGGUUUAAUCCUUUUGUUUCCCAUUUUUCUUGGAUUUCAGCUAUUUCAGUUGUUUUUGGCUUUUUCUUCAACAUGGAGAACAAACAAAACAUUGAACGGGAAGAUGACGAGGUUAGCGACUCGAAAAUAUUAUCUGCUGAUCCAUUACUCGGCGAUUCUGAAGAUUACACCAUUACAGCAGUAGGGCAGCAUGUAACUGACGCUGAAGGAGUCGGCCCUUCUCCGCCGCCGUCAACAGAAAUUGUGCCUUUGUUAAAAAAAGAGCCGGAGGAAAACGAUUUGCGAGGAGGCACUAUGUCAGUUGGGCUAAAUAUGCAACUGCAAAAGGUAGAAAAACCGCCUGCUAAAAGAUCCUCAAAAGACCGGCACACGAAAGUUGAAGGCCGUGGUCGGAGAAUCCGUAUGCCGGCGGCGUGUGCUGCUAGAAUCUUCCAAUUAACACGGGAACUAGGCCAUAAAUCCGACGGCGAGACUAUACGUUGGCUUCUAGAACGCGCCGAGCCUGCUAUUAUUGAUGCUACCGGAACGGGUACAGUUCCGGCGAUUGCCGUAUCAGUUAACGGAACGCUGAAAAUACCGACGACUUCGCCGGCGACGAAUAGCGAAGGAGAAAGCGCGACGAAGAGGAGAAAGAGAGCGGCGAACAGCGAGUUUUAUGACGUGCAUGAGCCGUCCCAUUUUGCACCAGUGGCUCCAAUUGCCCCACAAAGUCUCCUUCCUGUUUGGGCAGUGGGCUCUAGUAAUGGGCUUGUACCCACCACUGCAGUUACCGGUGGGACGACUUUCUUUAUGGUGCAGCCGCCACCCACUAGUACUACUACUAUUGCUACUACUGCUGGGCCUUCGUAUCCACCUCAGUUGUGGGCCACCCCAAUAUAUAAUAUUCCAGGAAGGCCCAUUUCAAAUUAUGUAUCUGCAAUGCAACCUGGAAUUAUCUCUGCUGCUGAGGUUCAAGUUAGUUCGUCAAAAAGUGAUGGGAAUGUUUCAGCCAUGGCUCCAAGUUCCAGUUCUACUGGUGUUACCACAAGUACUACUACACAAAUGCUUAGGGAUUUUUCAUUGGAGAUUUAUGACAAAAGAGAGCUUCAGUUUAUGGUUGGUUCUGGUUCCUCUGAAAAUGAUCAAACUUCCUCCUCCAAAUCCUGAUACAUUUUCACUGGGGGCAGAAAAUCGGUUAGGGUUCUAGGCCUAUAAAGUUCUCUUUUAAUUUCUGUUUGUUUUAAUUUUCCAUGUCUUUUGUUAUCCACUCUUAUGGAUUAAGCAUCUAGCAUUUUGAUGUUUUUAGUUAGGCGCUAGCUUUUGGCUAAUUCACAGCUUUGUCUUAGUUUUAAUAUUUUGCUUGUAGAUACUACUCCUAACUCCUUGAGCUUUUAGAAUUUGGUUCCUCCUUUUGAAGUAGCUCUGUUUUGAUGACAAAGGUUGGUUAACUUUGGAUCAA